AUGAAGCUCACUGCAACCACCGUAGCCGCUAUGGCAACUCUGCCCUUUGCAUCGUCCAACAUCAUCACAGCGUACCAAAACAUCACACUCCCAACAGCCAGCACCACCCUCCUCGGCAACUUUUACAACCAUUGGAUCUACCUUGGAAAUGAUACAUACGACCUGACGCGCUCCAUGGUCGCACCCACGACUAAGCCCGUCACCAUUCCCAUGACAGGAUCCCGGAAACGCGCCCGUAUCGAACCCUCGCGCUCCGCCCUCAUCAUAAUCGACAUGCAAAACUUCUUCCUGCAUCCGGAGCUCACGCCUUCCGCAGACGGUGGCCGGAAAGCCGUGGAGCCCACUCUCAAGAUGAUUAAUGCCUUUCGUAAAAAGGGCAUGCCUGUGCUGUGGACCUUCUGGGGCCUCGACGAUAAGGAUCUCCGAGAUCUGCCUCCUUCAGACAUCGUAGGGUUUUCAAAGUCCAGACAAAAGCCUACAGAUUCGUUUGGUAGCGACAUGGGAAAACUGAAAGACGGCACCGCGUUGGGCAAAAUGCUAAUGCGCGGCUCCUGGAAUGCGAGACCGUAUGGACCCUUAUACGAUGCGCAGGUCCAAGGUGUCAAGAAUGGAACGGACCAUUACUUCAACAAAAACCGUGUGAGCGGCAUGUGGGGUGCGCAGACACCGCUUGGUCUCUGGUUGGAAGAAAACAUGAUCACGACACUUUUCUUCGGAGGUGUAAACUCGGAUCAAUGCGUGUACGGUACAAUGCUAGAUUCUGUUUUCAAGGGAUACGACACCGUUUUCGUUGAUGAUAUUUCAGCGACAAUAAGCCCCGAAUAUGCCGCUCAAAUGGUCCGGUAUAAUUCAGACCUCAAUGGUUUUGUUUCCAAUUCGUCUCUGAUCAUACCCGCACUCUCAUAGAGCCUAGUCCGCCCCUGUGGCGUGCGUGACUGCGGGCACUUGGUGAAUCCACAUUUGUAGUCCGGUAGUGCACUAGGUUAAUAUGAUCUGAAAUUAUUUGAACCGCUUGUAUCGCCUAAAACCAUACUUUAUGCGGCAACCAAAGAGGCCAGCUAGGGAGCUCUAUACCCCCUAAACGUUCAUACAAGCAUUU